CCGGUGUUCCCACAAUACGCUGCUUUUGACACGUGUUUCUAAAGAUGGCAACUUGCAUGUGCAUAACUGCACAGUGCUUUUAGAGCUGUUUAAUGAGUGGAGAACAGUUUAUAACAAGGAUAUUUGACAUUGCAGAGCAAAAUGACAGACGUUGCUGCCGACAAGAAUGAUCCAGCUGGUUCAUUACCCAACACAGAGAAGGAACCAGAUGACCUGAUAGAUGAGAAAAACCAAGAGAAUCAGCCAGCAGCAGCAGAAGAAAAAGAAGGAGAGGGUGCAGCAGGUGGCGUCUACCGUUACAUCAAAGGAGAUCUCUUCACCUCAGAGAUCUUUAAAGUUGAGAUUCAAAACUUGCCCAAGUACAUUGGUUUUAAUGACCUAAAGAAGUUCCUCAACAAGCAUGGGAUCAAUCCUCACAAAAUCAAGCUGUUCAACAAACAGAUGUUUGCCUUUGUCACGUUUAAGAACCAGGAGGAAAGGGACAAGGCCAUGAAGGCGGUGCACGGCAUGCAGUGGAAGAGUAAAGUGUUGAGUGUACGGCUGGCCAAGCCCAAAGCUGAUCCCAUCCUCAAGAAGAGGAAACAAGACGAGGAAGCGGAAGGUGGGCAGCCUGGUGCAAAACGUGCUGCUAGUAGCCAGGAGGUAGAGGAGGAUGAAGAAGAGCCUCUCAAUAUCCAGAUUGCCAAUGCCGUGACACCGUUGUGGAACGUGCCUUACGAAGAACAGCUGAAAAGGAAAGAGAAAGAAGUUGAAGGCGUCCUCCAGAAACUGACCAGAGAAAUUGGCAACAACAACAAAGCCAUGCUUCCCUGGUUGUUUGUUCAAAAAGAGAAGUACAACAAAAUGUGCUGCCCACUCGAGGCCAUACGACCAUCACCUGUGCAGACGGAGUACAGGAACAAGUGUGAGUUUGUUAUUGGAGUGGGUGCAGAUGGAGAGGAUAAGACAGUGGGUUUUCGUUUAGGUAAGUAUAAAGGAGGAUCCUGUGCAGUAGUGAGUCCAUCAGAAACCACCCAUGUGUCUUCUGAGGCCAAGAGGGUUGUGCAGGGUUUCCAGCAGUUCAUCAGGACAACUCCAUAUGCAGUAUACAGUCCAGAGACUUAUGAGGGCCACUGGCGGCAGCUAACAGUACGAACAACCAGGAUAAAGCAAACCAUGGCCAUUGUUUUCUUCAAUCCACAGAAACUCCAAGAAGAAGAAAUUGAGGAGCUGAAACGAAACCUGCGUCAGUAUUUUACUGAAGGAGAAGGAAAAGAAAGUGGAAUCACUUCAUUGUAUUUUGUGAGAAUGGGACAAAGGACAUCUUCAGGUACAGAGGACCUGCCAUGUGAGCAUGUGACUGGAGAAGAAUGGAUUCAUGAAGAGCUUCUCGGACUAAAAUUCCGCAUCUCUCCACACUCAUUUUUCCAGACAAACACCCCUGCUGCUGAGGUUCUGUACUCUGCUGUGGGUGAAUGGGCUCAGCUGGACCAGGACAGCACUGUGCUGGAUGUGUGCUGUGGAACUGGAACCAUCGGCAUCUCGCUGGCAAAGAGAGUGAAGAAAGUGAUUGGCAUAGAGUUGUGCCAGGAGGCAGUGGAAGAUGCUAAGUCUAACGCUGAAGCUAAUGGCUUGACCAAUGUGGAAUUCCACUGUGGGAAGGCUGAAGACGUGUUCCCUACUGUUCUCAAUGCAGUUGUAUCCCCCAACGUCACAGCAAUCGUUGACCCUCCAAGAGCAGGGCUACAUUCCAAAGUUGUUCUAGCUAUCAGAAGAGCAGAGCAUCUGAAGAGACUCGUCUACGUCGCCUGCAAUGCCAAAGCAGCUAUGAACAAUUUUAUUGAUCUCUGCAGAGCUCCUUCUAACCGCGUGAAAGGUGCCCCUUUCCGUCCAGUGAGAGCUAUGGCUGUUGACCUCUUCCCACAGACCAUGCACUGUGAAACCAUCCUCCUGUUUGAAAGAGUGGACUACAGCUCCAACACUGACACUCAGACUACAGAGUCCUGAACCUGUGCUAUCUUCACCAUCUGUCAAGCCAGCAGUUGUUUCUCUUCCAUUCAGAAACACUUUGAUGGUAGUGUUUGGUGACAAACUCAAAUGUUCACUUUCUCUUUAGAUUUCAAGUGACUUGAUCAAAGUGCUAAAAACCAUGUUUUUUUUUUUUUUUGUAUACCACAUUAUUUGUAUCUUUCGUUUGCAUUAAAAACAACCCAGUCAAAAACAGCA